AUGGCACCGCGUGGGCACCACCGCGGCCGGAACGACGUCGUCUGCAGCAUGAAAAUGAGCGUCAUGAACGUCUUUAUCGGGUGCAUUGUCUGCGUUCUCCUCUUCUCGAUGAUGAGCCUCUCGUCAAGCGUCGCCUCGGUCACGACAUCGGCCGAUGCCCGGGCGUCACUGCGCAAGCAAGAAACCACGCCCGCGCCGCUCGUGCAACACGAGAGCCGCGAGCACGUACCCACUUCUGCGCCCGCGACGCCCAAGCCCCGCGUGACGAUGCAGCCAACGACUGCAGCCCCGACGACAACCGUUGCGCCAACCACGGCUCCUGCAACGACGACGCCUUGGCCGACAACGACGUCUGCACCGACAACUUCACUGGCUGACCUCACGAACGUUCCGUCGGCUGCAGAGACGACAUCUCCCGUCAACGCGAUUCCGGCGCCAGUGGUCCACGGCAACACGGACGUGGAUGCGUUACCGAUCAAGAAAGCGUCUGGUGAGAUGCCCGACGUCGUUUCCGUCAGCUCCGAGACUGAGCCUGUGCGCGUCGCCGCCCCCGUCGUUGUCGACAACUCGAACGUUGCCACGACGCUGACGCCGGAGCGGCUCGCGCUGCACAGCCGCGUCAACGACUCUGCCUCUCGUCAAGCGACUGUCACGUCGUUCUACGAGUCCAAGCGGUUUCUCAAGACGUACAACUCGUCCGACCCGCUCUUUGUCUUCUUCACCUGCGCGCGUGACCCUGGGACCAACACUACGUGGCAAGGUGGCUGCAACGACGCCGAGGCACCCGUGGCUGCGGCGUUUGCCCGCGCGCCGCCGUCGGCUCGCCUUCUCACGGUCGUCGUGCAAACCGACUCUGAGUUUCAGUCCAUGUACCGUUUUGACGAUGAUUUGCGCUUGUUGGAGCUCCCGACGCUCUUCCAGUACACGCCGCUGCCGAAUGGCCACGGCAAGACGACCGCGGGUCUCUACCAAGCGGCGAUGACGAACCCUGAGCUCCUCGACUAUGCCUUCCAUGGCGAGACUGCGCCAGGCGUCACCAAGAAGGACAUCCGCGUCUACAGCGAGUAUACGCCGCUCAAGAAAUUCCUGCGCGAUUUUGACGACGAUUUCCCGCUGUAUCUACUCUUUGUGUCAGGGCGGCUGCCGACAAACGACCGGCCGUGGUGCCCGUACUGUCGGUUCCGGGAGACGGCGUUCGAGUAUGCCUACCACAAGUUUGCCGCGUCAAACGCGGUCUUGAUCAAGGUCGAAGUUUCGGCCGACUACACGGCGUGGAAGGACCCAAACAACGAGUUCAAACAGCCAUUUGACGUGCAUUCGGUCCCCGCCCUCCGUGUCGUGCACCGGGACCUCUUUGAGAAGCUCGUCUACCACGGCUUCUACGGCAGUGUCGAUGAUGUGACAAUGCUGCAGCAGGUCUUUGAGCGUGACGCGUCGUUCGUCACGACGCGGCCCGUGGCCGACAUGGCUAAAUAA